AUGUUUCUUUUCCAUCGUUCUCUUCUCACAGAGUUGUUCCUGCUUUUUGGUUCUCAUGUGACUGUGGAUUUUGCUGUGGGUUACUGUUUUAAACUGGAGCAAGAGUUGGCCUAUUGUGUGCAAAGACAUAAAUUCCAAAUACCGAAAAACCAGUUCAGCGGGUACAGUUUCGGCUACGGAUCACUGAAUGAAACGGAAGCUAUGUGUAGAACCAAGUGGCAUAUUCUCAUCUUCAAAUGUUUGCGAAAACGUUCGGAGGAAACAUGUCGAAACACAGAAGAAGAAAUGACCCGACAACUCAUUUGGUCUAUAUCACUAGAGACGGACAAAUUAGAGCGAGCCGCCACUUACAUUUGCCAUGAACAUAAUUUGCGAAUUUUCCGUGAGCAUCGGAACAAAUGUCUCUUGAUGCAAGAGAGAAUCGCAGAACAGUGUACAGUACACAGAAACGAUACGGUUCGAGAAGUGGUCGUUGCUUUACAAGACCAAUCCAGCAAAAUUGCUUUAAAUUCGGAUGAGUACUACAGGCUGAUCAAACAUACUUUGUCGGAAUACGAAUGCAA